AUGGGCGACGUAAGGAUCGUGUCCCGGCGCAUGGUCCGGCCGGAACCAAUCACCUCGGGUCCGCCGGAGACCAUCCACCUGACGCCAUGGGAUCUCCGGGUGAUCACCGUGGACAACAUCCAGAAGGGCAUCCUCCUGCCCAAGCCUCCAGGCACCGGAGGACGGGGAAACGAUGCCGCCGCCAUGGUCGAACGGCUCGAGUUGUCCUUCGCGCGCGCUCUGGGGCGCUUCUACCCCUACGCCGGCCGCCUCGCCGUCGCGCCGGGGAGCAAAGACGACGCGGAGGGCGAGAGCAUGGCCAUCUCGCUCCGCUGCAGCGGCGAGGGCGCCGAGUUCGUCCACGCCGUGGCGCCCGGCGUCGCCAUCGCGGACAUCACCGUCCCGCUCUGCAUCCCGAGGGUGGUCUGGUCCUUCUUCCCUCUCGACAGGUUGCUCGGCGUGGACGCCAUCGCGGACUCUCGUCCGGUCCUGGCCGCGCAGGUCACCGAGCUCACCGACGGUUUAUUCGUCGCCAUGUCGGCCAACCACGGCGUCGCCGACGGGACGACCUUCUGGCACUUCUUCAACACCUGGUCGGAGAUCAGUCGCCUGAGCGACGGCGACGCUGGCUGCGAGAUCUCCUCGCCGUUGCCGGUGCACCGGAGGUGGUUCCUGGACGGCUGCCCCGUCCCGAUCCCUCUGCCCUUUGGCAAGCUCGAGGACAUCAUCGGCCAGCGUGUAGAUACGUACCAGCCGGUGGAGGAAUGCUUUCUCCAUUUCUCGGCGGAGAGCGUGAGGAAGCUCAAGGCAAAGGCGAACGCCGAGAUGGCCGGCGCGGCAGCCACGGACACCGCCAUCUCCUCGCUGCAGGCCCUGCUCGCGCACCUGUGGCGUGCGGUGUGCCGGGCCAGGAGGCUCGCGCCGGACCAGAAGACAGUGUACCAUCUCCUGGCCGGAUGCCGCGGCCGCGUGGACGGCAUACCGGCGUCCUACGCGGGUAAUGCGGUGGAGCACGCCACCGCGAUUUCCCCCGCCGGCGAGAUCCUCGAGAGGGGCCUGGGCUGGGCGGCGUGGCUACUAAACAGGGCCGUGGCGUCGUUCGACGAGGCCAGUGCGAGGGAGAGGCUCGCGUCCUGGCCCCGGAACCCAGGCUUCAUGCGCAUGUCGGAGGUCGUGACUGCCCCGCACCCGCACACAACGGUGGCGACAGGGAGCUCGCCGCGGUUCGACGUGUACGGCAACGACUUCGGGUGGGGCAGCCCCGUGGCCGUGCGCAGCGGCUCGGGGAACAAGGUGGAUGGAAAGGUGACCGUGUACGAGGGCAGAGGCGGCGGAGGGAGCAUUGCCCUGGAGGUUUGUCUGUCACCGGAGGCGUUCCCCAGCCUCCUCGCCGACGAGGAGUUCAUGCGCAUGGUGGGCGUGGCUGAUUAA